GAAAUAAUAUAUCAUAAUAUGUUUUAAAUGUAAUAUAUUACGUACGUUUAUUAUAUAUGUACUAUUAGGUAUGAUGUAAUAUUACGUUACAGAUAAUUUUUAUAUUUAAUUAAUUGUUUAUGUGAUAAAAUUAAUAUAUACGGACUCAAAAAUAUAUUAAUUGAAAUAAAAACAUUUAUAUCUAUAUCAAAUUUACUAUUGCUGUGACAGGAGCACCUAUAGAAGUUGGCAGAGUAACGUAACGUAACAUGUAUGUGACCGCACUUGUUCCGCCAGCACGCAACGAGUUCUGCGCAAACUAAUAAAAUAUGAGUUGAUUGAAGCAGUGGGAGAGUAUAAUGCAAUUGAUAACUUACAAUAAUGGCGGUUGAAAAUGAUCGUGAAUCGACAUUAAAUUAGGAAAAUUUUGUUCGUAACAACUGUACAAAAUAGUUUCAAAUGGGUAGUCGUUCAAGUUCUUUCGUUCGUCAGAAUGUUGGAUAAACGUUGGAACGAUGACAUUGCCUAUGCUUUUUCUAUUCACAAACUAUACUUAGAAUUUUAUGGUAUGUGGCCAUUGCAAACGCAGACGGUGUUCACGAAGAUACGAUGGAGUUUUUACUUAAUUAUACAUUUUACGAUGUUACCUUUCGUGAUGAUGGGUCUUAUUGGGAACAGUGGCACCAACGCAAACCUAGAAAGCAUGGUAUAUCUCACGUCCACACUAAGUGGAAUCAUAAAAUGUAUAUGCAUCUUUCUCGGCCAAAAGAAGCUGGGCCCGAACAUUAAUGCUGCUAUCGAUGAUUGGCUGUCUCUUAAAGAUGACGAGAUAGCUCGCAAAAUUAUGCGAAAGUGUGCGCAUAGAACCAGAAUACUUACUAUUGUAUUACUAUAUUCAGCCUACACAUGUUUGUCUAUUUAUAUAUUAAGCGUCGUGGUUAUAAAUGUGAAGCAGAUAUUCUUUAUGGAUUCGAAUUUAGUGGACGCUGACACUAACGUAACAGGUUGGAAAUUUUUAAUUCCAAGUGGUUUAUUGAGUAGUUCGAUCACUGGCUCGCAAUACGUAAUGAUCUUGAUUGUUCAGAGUAUUCAAACGUUUUUGAUAUGUGCUACACAAUGUCUCGUAGAUAGCUUUUUCUUUAAUGUCGCAACUCAUCUUGCUGGUCAACUCGAAAUACUGAAACAUAAAUUCAAAAUCUUUGCGAAUAAGCGAGACACCGAGACAAAUUAUCGAAAGAAAUUUGUCGACUUGAUCAACAGGCAUAACGAGCUAAUGGAAUUCAAUCAAAAUUUGGAAGACACUUUUCACUUUCUUAUAUUAUGUCAACUUGUAAUGGUAACGAUAAUGAUUGCACUGCUAGGAUUACGCAUAAAUUUGUGUCUAAACGAAAACAAUCAAUUCGAAGCAACAAAGAGUAGUUUAAUUAUGAACUAUCUGUUGAUGCAAUCGUUAGUAUAUACUUAUAGCGGUGAUUUCCUACAAAGAGAAAGUGAAGAUAUAUUUUGUGCGUUGUACGCAACUUCCUGGUUUACGCUUCCUGUAGCGCUAAUGAAAGAUCUGCAUUUUGCCAUGAUGAGAUCAAGCAUUCCGUUUCGUCUUACGGGCGGAAAAUUUUUCUAUGUGAAUCGCGAAACGAUAAUGUGUAUUAUCAAGACAGCGGCUUCAUAUGUUUCAGUUUUACGAAUAGCAUUGAAAAAUUAAUACUAAUUGAAAUUGUUUUACAUGUACACAGGAGUGUAUGUGUGUGUAUGUGUGUGUUUGCGCGCGCAUACACGUGUAUACUCGUAUGUGUCUGUAUUUAUAGCAAAAUUGUAUAUUUUUUAAAAAAACUUUUUAUACAAAAAUUGGUAUUAUAUUGGUAAAAUAUGUUUUAAUAUAACUAUAUUUUCUUAUACGUACUUUGAUUUUCAUGGUAAUGAAAAUUGCUCGCCAAUGUUUUUGGUUAAUACAAAUUAUUUAUAUAAAUUAAGAAAAACAUUUGAGUCUUAUUUUUAAUUGAAUAACGACAGAAAUCUGUUCUGACAUAUAAAUCACUAAAUGACCUAAUAGAGCCACGGAUUUAAUCUAAUCCACGUAAUAACAUUGUGCUAUUGAAAUACUACUAUUACCUUCCAAUUCAUAGCUGCAAGAAAUACAUAUAGUUUGCAUUGUAGUAAAAUUUUUAAUUACUUAUUGUUCCGUAUUAAUAAUUAUAUUUGUAUGUAUUAUACCAUGAAAUAUAUUUUUUGAGAGAUAUAUUUGAAAUAUAUUUAGUUUUAGUUUUGAUCGAGAAAAACGUAAAUUUUUUACAAUCACAUUUUCUUUACACUGAAAACGUCAUGAUAUACCGAAUAUAACGCAGUUAUCUUAUUUAUACUUUUUUAUAUUUUAUUUACAUGCCUUAUUUAUAUUUACAUGCCUGCAACAAGUAUAUAAAUCGUGUUUAUAAUGAAAGAAAAAUGAUAAAUUUGGAUAAUUCUUAUCUCAAAUCGCAAAUAUUAUCGCAAAUGCGAUAACAUUUUAUCAAUAUAUUUUUUUAAUUUAUCAAUAACCAGAAUAUGGUAUAUU